CAAAGGCCCGAUCUCCCGCGCAUGCGCAGUCGAGCGCGCGCCGGCGUGGGUCGGGAGGCGAGCGCGGAGCGAUGGCCGCGUACGGCGUAGAGGAGCGGGCGGCGCCGCACAGCCUGGAGUACCGUCUCUUCUUCAAGGACGCCGCCGGUCGCUACAUCUCCCCUUUCCAUGAUAUCCCAAUCUACGCAGAUGCCAGCAAGAAUGUGUUCAACAUGGUUGUGGAAGUACCUCGGUGGACAAAUGCUAAAAUGGAGAUUGCAACAAAGGAUCCCUUAAACCCAAUUAAGCAAGACGUGAAGAAAGGAAAACUGCGCUUUGUAGCUAAUGUGUUUCCUCAUAAGGGUUAUAUCUGGAAUUACGGUGCUAUCCCACAGACUUGGGAAGACCCAGGUCACAAAGAUGAAAACACUGGCUGCUGUGGAGAUAACGAUCCGAUUGAUGUGUGCGAAAUUGGAAGCAAGGUCUGCUCUCGAGGAGAAGUCAUCAAAGUGAAGGUGCUGGGCACGCUGGCACUGAUUGAUGAGGGAGAGACAGACUGGAAGGUAAUUGCUAUCAACGUUGAAGACCCUGAAGCAGACAACUAUAAUAAUAUCGAUGAUGUCAGAAGGAUGAAACCUGGAUACUUAGAAGCUACGGUGGACUGGUUCAGAAGAUACAAAGUACCUGAUGGAAAGCCAGAAAAUCAGUUUGCUUUCAAUGGCGAAUUCAAAGACAAAGAUUUUACUCUGAAUGUCAUCAAAUGUACUCAUGAACACUGGAAAGCUUUAAUAGCAAAGAAAACUGACGGAGGGGAGAUCAACUGCACAAACCUGACAGUGUCUGACAGCCCUUUCUGCUGUAGUCAAGAGUGUGCAAAAGCUACUGUGGACGCAGCUCCACCAUGUAAAGCUGCCAACCCAAUCCCACCUGAAGUUGACAAAUGGUUCUAUUACCAAAAGAACUGAAGAGGGGUAGUGAGACACCUGUGCUCUCCUUAUGACCCAAGUCAUCCCUGUUCUGCACAGAGGGGGCAAGAAAGCAGUCCCAACUCUUUCCCUGUGGGGCCGUGCUCCAGCUCGCCCCGUCGGUUGAUGCCAUAUGUGAUGUGUAAAUCUUGGAGCUGUAAUAAAACUUGCAUUCCAAGGGUGGA